UUUAGCAGAAGAUAGCACAGCUGGUGCUGUAACUCAUACCGAAACAUCAAGCAAAAAAUACUAUAAAAAACACAGCUGGGUUUGUCAUAAAAAACAAUUGGCAAAAUUCAUUAUAAAAAGAUAGUUAAAACAACUAUUCAAACAAGUUCAUUUUCAAGGUGUAAAGAUGAAGUUAUUUUGCUUGGUUGUUCUUUUUGUGGUUGUUGAAGGUGCAGUCAAGUUUGAAAACUGCCAUAAUAAUCCUCAUGUUCAUUUGAAAGUUGAUCAUUUUCCCGACGUUCUUCACAUCAAAAAAGGUCACAAUUUUAAAGCAAAAUUUGGUGUGACUUUUAGCAAAGAACUUGCCCAGCCAUUACACGCUAAAAUUACAUUAGAAAAGAAAGUUGCAUUUAUAUGGGUAACGAUUCCUUGCAUUAACAAACUCGGAUCUUGCGAAUACGAAUUAACUUGCGACGAGCUUAAGAGAUUAGCUGGUGUAGACAAGCUACCUUACCCAUGCCCAGCACCAAUUGGAACAAUUUCUAAUGAAGUAAAUGUUUUAAUUCCUGAGGUUCCGUCUAUUGUUCAGAAAAUUGGAACGGGUUCUUAUAACUUCAAAGUUGAAUUGAGCGAUCAUAAGAGAAACAGGAUUGCAUGCGUUCAAGUUAAAGGUCUUCCGGUUAAUUUUUAAAGACGAACACUGAAUACAAGUUUUCCAGUUCAAAACUAAAGUACAAUAAUGUGUAUAAAUUCAAAAAAACUGAGAGGUUUCAAAAUUCAAUAAAUACAAAAAAAAAAUUUUUUUUA